GCUCCUGAUUAAAUAGGAUUGUGAUCCUCUUGGGUUGCAGUACUGAUAGGAUCUGUAUGGCGAGUUUACAGUAUAUGAGCCCCAAAUGAGGACAAUGUAAACCAGGAUGGAGCUCUUUCUGCUCUACAAUAUUAUCUCUUCAUGUUCCUGCAGAACAGGAUCUUCUGUGCUGAGCUUUCCUCGUAUGCAGUCUCCAUCAUCUGACCAUGGGCAUUAAUAAGGUGGCAGAGAGGAUAUUAAACCUCACCCAGGAGAUCCUGAACCUGCUGACCAGAGAGGAUUACACUUUAGUGAAGAAGACAUCUGAUAAGUGUAUAACUGGCAGCAUCCAUACUCAUGUGGAGAUUUUGCCUAAAUCACUACUACAUGAGAGUAGCAAUGAGCAGAAGAUCCUAGACCUCACCAACAAGAUUAUUGAGCUACUGACUGGAGAGGUUCCUUUAAGAUGUCAAGAUGUCUCUGUCUAUUUCUCCAUGGAUGAGUGGGAGUAUUUAGAAGAACACAACAAUCUUUACAAGAACAUCAUGAUGGAGAAUCACCAGACCCUCACAUCACCGGAUGUAUCCAGUAAAAGAAAUCCAGUAGAGAGAUGUCCCAGUCCUCUGUAUUCCCAGGAUUCUCCAAAGGAAAACCAUAAUGUCCAACAGGACCCUCAGAGGUCUUCUUGGAGUAAUCCAUUCUCACUGAAACCAGAGCAAUUCCUUAUUAAGGAAAGACAUGCUGAUCACAUGAUGGAGAAGAUAUUAAACCUUGCUCUGGAGAUCUUCCACCAACUUUCUGAAGAAGAUUACAUUGCAGUGAAGAAGACACCUGGACAAUCCGUGACUCCCAGCAGCCAGACCCGUGCAUCAGGAGUAAGGAGCAGGCUCCAGAGCGCUAUUAUGGAGUAUCCACCUCACUUUCUGCAGGAGAUCCUAGAACUCACCAAGAAGAUCACUGAGCUUCUGACUGGAGAGGUUCCUAUAAGGUGUCAGGACGUUAGCAUCUAUUUCUCCAUUGAGGAGUGGGAGUAUUUAGAAGGACACAAGGAUCUAUAUGAGAACAUUAUGAUGUUGAAACAGCAGCUCCUCACAUCACCGGAUGGAUCCAAGAAGAGGAAUUCACCUGAAAAAUGUCCUAGUCCUCUGUAUUCCCUGGAUUGUUCAGAAGAAGAUUCCAGUUCCUCACAGAACCAGUAUGAAGACCUGAUUAUUAUCAAAGUUGAAGAUAUCGAAGAUGACAAAUUAAUGGCUGUGGGGGAUGGUCAACAGUAUGAGAGCGAGAAAUAUUCUGACACUGUCAGCCUAGGUCUACAAAGCAACAAGACUAUUUUAGUGAAUGCAAACUGUAUUGACCAUCAGAGUAUGCACACAGAAGAACACUUCCAAUGUUCUGAUUGUGGGAUGUGUUUGGAGGAUAAGGCCAGUUUUGAAGAACAUGAGAAAAUUCAUGCAAGCAAGAAAAGAUUUUCCUGCUCAGAGUGUGGCAAAUGGUUUCCGUACAGAUCGAACCUUGUGGAACAUGAGAGAAUUCACACAGGAGAGAAACCGUUUCCUUGCCCUGUGUGUGGGAAGUGCUUUGCUCACAAGCGCCACCUUGUGACGCAUCUAAGACUGCACACUGGUGAGAAGCCAUUUCCUUGUACUGCAUGUGGAAAAUCCUUCACAAACAAACAUCACCUUGUAAGACACGAGCGGAAUCACACAGGGGAGAAGCCGUUCUCUUGUUCAGAGUGCGGAAAAUGUUAUGCAGAGAAGUCUAGUCUAGGUAUACAUCAAAGGAUUCACACAGGGGUCAAUCUGUUCUCUUGUUCUGAAUGCGGGAAACAGUUUGUGAUGAGGGCCAGCCUUAUUGAGCAUAUGAGAAGUCACACGAAAGAGAAGCCAUUUUCUUGCUCUGAGUGCGGAAAAGCGUUUUCACACAAAUCAAAACUGGUUCAACACGAGAGGGUUCACACAGGAGAGAGACCAUAUGCCUGCUCCGAGUGCGGAAAGUGCUUUGCGCGCAAAACCCAUCUUGUAUUACAUCAGAGAAUUCACACAGGGGAAAAACCAUUUUCUUGUUCUGAGUGUGGAAGAUGCUUUACCAACUCAUCGGCUCUUGUACAGCACCAGAGAAUUCACACUGGAGAGAAGCCGUUCUCAUGCCUCUUCUGUGGAAAACCAUUUGCAACCAAAUCAGAGGUUACGCGGCAUGAAAGAACUCACACUGGGGAAAAACCUUUUUUGUGUAAUGAGUGUGGGAAAUGUUUUGCCAGCAAGUCUCUUCUUGUUAUACAUCAGAGAAUUCAUACUGGGGAGAAACCCUAUUCUUGUUCUGUGUGUGGGAAACUGUUUAGGGAGAACUCUGGUCUUAUUAAACAUCGCAAAAUUCACCAUGGGGAAGCACCAUUUUCCUGUUCUGAAUGCAGGAAAAGUUUUGAAGACAAAUCAGAUUUUAGAACGCAUCUCAGAACCCAUCUGGUUGAGAAGCCGUUCCCAUGUUUAAUUUGUGGAAAAAGUUUCACAUGGAAACCAGAGCUUACUGCUCAUCAGAAAUUUCACACCGGUGAAAAUCAGUUUUCUUGUUCCGAAUGUGGAAAAUGUUACGCACAGAAACGGAAUCUUCGACGACAUGAGAAGAACCAUAAGCCUUAAUAGGAAAUCUUUUUACAUUUUUACAACAAAAUGUUUUGAUCAUGCCAAAAGUAGUUAUCCUCGACCUAAAUAAAGACUCGCCUGUCACGAGCGCUCUGGAUCCACUGCUGAGCACUCAACUCCAUCGCUUCCAGUUCGGAGCUGAACCUGAAGUAUGACUUUGUGCACUUAAAUUGUAACUGUAACUACAUUUUAACAUAUGUUAUUGCUGCUGCAACAUUAUGCAUAAAGCAAUCU